AUGGGGGUGCACUGUUGUUGGUUACCGCCAAGACAAGUUGAGAAAUGUUUGUAUGGCAGUGUUGGGGUAGCAGCACCCAGAGAUUGGAGCGAUCUUCUUCACCCCAAAUUCAAGGGUAGAAUUGCAUUUCCUGCAUCUUCGAGAGGGCUGGUGGGAAUAGCGCUGAAGACGCUGGGCCUGGGCUUUAACAGCAAUGCCAAUGACCUGAGAGCUUGGGGUGUUUCAGAGACUGCACUCAAGAAGAGAGUUCAAGAACUCAAGCGCCAGGCAUUGCUCUUUGAUGACAGGGAGCACGUGCGGGCCUUUGCUUUUGGAGAUGCAUGGCUGGUGGUGGGCUCCUCCUUGGAUGUGAUGGCCCUCUCAGCAACAGUCUCUCAGGCCCGGCUGUUCGUCCCCGCCUCGGGCACUACCCUCUGGGCGGACCUCUUUGUCCAGCCUUCCAGUUCAAAGGCCACCCGCGACCCCGGGGAGCCGUCCCCCCUCAUCCCCGCUUGGCUAGAUUUCAUCCUCUCACCCAGCAGGUCAGUCACGACGACAGGGCUGAAGAGUGGGCUGUCGCCACUGCUGCUCCCAGACACUGGAGCCGAGGGCGCACCAGGCCAGGCAUGUGGUUCGGGUAUGAACGGCACAGAGGGGUUGAAUGUGGCGCUGGACGUGAAGGGGCGGUUCUUGCCACCGGGGUGCGUUCUCCAACGGAGCGAGUUCCUGCUUCCCCUCGACAGGGAAACCACGGACCUGUACAAUCGGAUGCUGGGGUGA